CCACCUUGACGGUGAUGCUGUCGCGAUUAGGGGAGAAAUUCAUUGAAGCAGACGCGCAGUGGAGGAUUGUGUUGUCGCUCACCGGCCUUUUACACUGGAAUCUAAUAAUUCAAUCGGUACUUCACAGACACAACCAUGGAGAUAGUUACACAUUUAAUAAAUGACACAGUGGAAUUCUACAAAUGGACUCUCACUAUUGCAGACAAGCGAGUGGAGAAAUGGCCUCUGAUGGACAACCCCCUGCCCACGCUGGCCAUCAGUACCUCCUACCUGCUCUUUCUCUGGCUGGGGCCCAAAUACAUGAAGAACAGGGAGCCCUUCCAGCUGCGCAAAACCCUCAUUGUCUACAACUUCAGCAUGGUCUUCCUCAACUUCUUCAUCUUUAAAGAGCUUUUCAUGGCAGCACGGUCGGCGAACUACAGUUACAUUUGUCAACCAGUGGAUUAUUCUGAUGACCCCAAUGAAGUCAGGGUGGCCGGAGCUCUGUGGUGGUAUUUCAUCUCCAAAGGUAUUGAGUACCUGGACACAGUGUUCUUUAUCCUGAGAAAAAAAUUCAACCAGGUUACUUUCUUGCACGUUUACCACCACUGCACCAUGUUCACGCUCUGGUGGAUCGGCAUCAAAUGGGUGGCAGGAGGACAGUCUUUCUUUGGUGCACACAUGAACGCACUGAUUCACGUCUUGAUGUACCUGUACUAUGGCCUGGCCUCCUGUGGCCCCAAGAUCCAAAAGUACCUGUGGUGGAAGAAGUAUUUGACCAUAAUCCAGAUGAUUCAGUUCCAUGUGACCAUUGGCCACACUGCACUGUCCCUCUAUGUCAACUGUGACUUCCCCCACUGGAUGCACUACUCCCUUAUCUGCUAUGCCAUCACCUUCAUCGUCCUCUUCGGCAACUUCUACUACCAGACCUACCGCCGCCAGCAGCCCAAACGUGAUGCGUCCUCUUCCAAAGCCGGCAAGGCCCUUUCCAACGGACCCCUGAAUGGACUCAGCAAGGCCGCCAAUGGAGCUGUGGUGAUGGGAAGCAAAGAGGACAAGCCCCAGGAGAGCUCUGGGAGGAGAAAGAGGAAAGGAAGAGCUAAAAGAGAUUAGAGGAAGAUAAGUCAGACGGGUCAAGGUGAGGUAGGGCUUCGCUUUGGGUUCUUGGUUUUUAGUGAUAAAAGACUUAGUUUGAGAGAAAAAUUGGAAGAGUGGGUGAGCUUAAGUGUGAUUUGCUUAAUUUGAUGUGAGGGUUUUAGAUUUCUCGUGACAGACCUGUAUUAAGAGAGGAUCAUUAUGUUAGUAUAAGGUGUCAAAGGUCAUGCUGACGAUGGCCACUUUCACAAAUAACCCAAAAACGCAAAAGUGUCUGGUUACGAUAUAUAGAGAUUAGUGUUUCUUGUCUUUAUUGUGGUGCCAAGUUCUGUUGGUCUGGCUUAAAAAAAAAACAGUGACAUCAGCUUUGAACUGAGCGUGACACAGAAAUAUCAACCACAGAUCUUUACCAGGCCCUGAAGACAAACUGGGAAAACUAUAUGAGCUGCUCGACAACAGAAAACAAACUACUGGCAAAUCAUUGCAGUACUGAGACAGGAUACACAACAUGACAUACAAAAAACCCUAGUCUGCUUAUAUUUGAGCCUGUCAUUUUUGCUCCUCUCCUGCCCUGAUGUAAAACUGUUGAUAAUGUAUCUGUUCUCCCCUGAUUUCUGCUGUUGUUGAUGUUACAUGGUGAAGACUUCUGUUAACACACACACACACACGCGUGCACACACACUUGCAGUUUUAAACAUAUAGAUAUGUGAGAGAUAUGUGAGAAAGGAGUUCUUAUUUAUUUCAUGUCAUGAGAGCAGUGUGCAGAUUUUCUUUUUAAAAGAAAAAUAAUUUAAUAUCAAGAAGCAAGAUAUUUAAACACAGAGAAAUACACUUAUUUCUUUCAGAGACUGGGGAAAACCAAUUCUUUGCUGUUGUGAGAUGAAAUAAUCCUAAACUGAAGCUGAUGUUAGGUUAAAAAUAAGUUUUAGUUUUAUUCUAUUUCCAACCAUUAUUCAUUUUUUUAUUCUGUAUCUCUACUUGUAUGUAAUGUAAUGAUAUGUAAUGAAUAUUAUUCAGAGAAAUAUGAUGAAUCUGAUGAUGAUUUCAGUGUUUCUCACUUUGAGACAGAAGCUGGUGGAAUCCUCUUUUUAUAUCCCUUGUUUGUCUAACAUUCUGUUAUAAAUGUUGUUGUGCUGAACAAAGAUCUGAAUUUGCUGUGUGUUUGCUUACAAUCAUUUGCAUUAUUCUGGCCUGUUCCACUUAAAUAUAGUCUACAACUCAAAUAACAAUCAAGUUUUAGGCUUAAUCCACAUCCUGCCAGGCUUGAAUGUAAAACUGACAGGGGAUAUUCAAAAAAUAAGUUUAUUGUUUCUUUACAAAAAAGCUAAAACAAAACAAAAAAUAAAAAACCCCUCUGUAACUGAGUUUAAAAUGUUCCUCUGCUUAUGUGUGAAUCAUAUGUCUGAUCAUUCAUCUGUUACUGCAAACUCAGCUUUUUGUCAUUUAUUACAAUGCUUUUUAUUGUUCAAUUUUAUUUUGUUCUAUUUAUUUUCUGUAAAUAUCUUUUUUAUUUAAAAAAAAAUCUUGCACAGAGCGAUUGUCUGCGUAUUUGUGUAAUUUUGUGUUGUACAUAUUCAAUAGUGAUUUUUUUU